UUUAAGAGGUUCCUACAGCUCAUUUUUCCUUGGAAGAACCUGUCAUAUAUCUCUUGGAGGUUGAGUCAAUCAUCAGAGAGAGCAGAUAUAGUGAAUCUGACAGUGGAUAAACUUGGUCAGCAGUCUGUGGAGGUGACCAGGAAGGUUUUCAUGUACAUGAACAGAACUGAUCUGGUGCAGAGGUUAUCAGAGAGCAGCUCAGCAUCCAGAGAGAAACACUCUGUGGAUGAACAUGGAGCUGCACUGUUGAAGAGAAUUUUUCAGGAAGAAGCACUGGAAGCUGUUCAACAGAUUCUCUUGGAAACACUGAAAGAUUUUAGUCAAAAGGAUCUCCAGAAAUUCAGACUGUUGCUGUUUUUCACAUGCUUCAAGAUGGGCCUGCCACAAUUAAGGACAAAUAUAGACAUGGCAGACAAAUUAGUGGUUCUGAUGGUGGAUGAACUUGGUCAUCAGUCUGUGGAGGUGACCAUGGAGGUUUUAACAGACAUGAACAAGACUGAUCUGGUGCUGAGGCUGUCGGACUUUAUCUCAGUAUUCAAAGACAAGUGUCAGCCUUCACUCAUCCACACACAGGACUCCAGUGAUUGGACUAAACUUGAACCUGAGGUGAACAGUACAGAUGCAGACGAGGCUCCAACUUACAGCCUUCAGUCUGCAGCAGGACACUUUGAAUGCAGAGUCUCGGGCUUGCGCUGGGUCUGUAAGGGAAAGACCAGCUUUCAGUACCAGUUUAGAUCUUGGGAGGGACACAUGGAGAGGAUGGAGAGCAGACAAUACAUGCCUGCAGGUCCUCUGAUGGACGUCACAGUCACUGCUGGGAAGUUAAAUGAAGUUCACCUGCCACACUGGAUCUGCAUCGAUGACAUCCCUGACAUAUUGGACAUGUUUGCAGUCGUUCACAUAGAUGACUGUGGAGAUGUUGUGGAAAAAGUGUCUGAGGUCACACCAACACAUGUCAAGUUAACUGAACCAAAUUUUUCAAUAAUUGGGGACAUAAUACGUUCCAUAUUUCCUCCAAAAAUCAGCUGUUACAUGUUGAUGUACUAUAAACUCAACACAUCAUUCCUCAAACUCCACGUCUAUCUGAUACGACAGGAUCCUGCUCUGGAACAGGAAAUUGCUGAGAAAUAUUGUGAGAAAAAUGAUGAGACAAAAUCUGAUUUGAAAUUUAAAAAAAUCAUAAAGCAUCCCCCAGACAAGUACCUCCAAACUGAGCGUCUUUUCAGCCUCAAAGCCGACAACACAAGUGCAAAAAUUCAACCGAAGGAGUUAACCCUCAGGUACAAUAGGCAAAACUUCUAUGAGGUGUACGUUAAGAAUCCAGGCAGUGAACUCAUACUUACACUGGUGCACACUCACCCAGUUAAUGGUGAACCAGCUGAUGAGCCACUAUGGAAAUGUGAAAUUCAAGCAGAUGACCAUCCAGAGUCUGGUCGAGCCGAAGCUGCAGGAUCCUCAGUGGGAGCAACUGCUGCCAGCUCUCUGUCGGCUGAGGAAGACACUGUGGACAAACAUCUGUCUGCACAGAUGCAGAAAGCAUUAACAGUCCAAUCAGACAGAGAGCGGAUUUUGGAAAUGUUAGAACAUCUGGAAAAGGAGGAGCUUGAAAAGUUCAAGUGGCUUUUGGUGGAGCUCAAACCCAUCCCAAAGAGCAAACUGGAGGAUGCCAUCAUCUGUAACCUGGUGGAUCUGAUGUUCGGGGCCUACACCCAACAUACUGUGGAGGUGACCAAGAAGGUUUUUAGGAAAAUGAACAGGAAUGAUCUGGUGCAGAAUUUGUCAGACACGAGCUCGAGAUCCAAAGACUGACAUCAACAUGAUGCUGAGAUCAGGUCUCUGUGGGUCUGACCGUCUGCUGCAGGACUCUUUAUGUCUCUGACUCUCUGUUCGGGCUCGUCGUCCUGCUGCAGGAUCGAUGCGUCACUCUUAUUAAUGGCGAUGGAUCAGAAUCUGAACUUUAACAUUCGUGAGAUUCUAAAUCUCAAACUCAGUUUCCAGAGUUGCAGCUGUGAACCUGCACAGAGCCUCCAUGAUGUUUCACUUUUACCUGCACACACCUGAUCCAGACAGUGAGCAAAGGAACAUCUGUGUGAAUCUACACAGCAUGGCUUUGAUUUGCUGCUUGCUGCAUGAACUGAUAAACUCUGAUAAAUUAUUAUAUUUUCACUGGUGACAUGGGGCUAAAAAUAUAAUCAGAUUUAUCUAAAUGUUUUCUUUAUUAAUGUGACAAUGUUGGCAUCUGUGGCUGUGUGGACGAUGAGAGGAAAUGUAAAUGUAAAAAGAAAUGAAUUUGUUUUAGUGGUUUUCUUUGUUUUUUGUUACUCAUAUGUGAAAUGACUGCAUCUUGAAGCAUGAAGAGAUGAUUUUACAGUGAGUUCCUAUAUCUUCUGUCAUAGCAACAUAUUCAGUUUUUUCUAGCAGUACAGUGUGUGACAGACUUUACAGGGAGCCUGUUGUGCUUUUCUUUGUUUUUUACUUUCAUAUUUCAUAUAAAUAUUGUUGUUUGAUGCUCAUAUUGAACAUGAUCUUUUUCCCUCUUCUUGUGGUCGUUGCUCAGUCUGGUUUGGAGGAGAAAAGCUUCCAGACCAACUGGGUGAAGGUUUGAUGUUACUGAGGAUUACAACAUGUCUGUUUGUCAUAUUUUAAUCAACGAGAAUUUUUUAAUUGGAUAAACAUCGGAGAAUUU